UUAUAAACAAGAGUUAUUUUCCUAUGUUCGAGAUGGCCAUAAUUUUUUUUUAAAUCAAUGUUUUGUGAUUUCGUGCGGUAAAACAUCCGGAAAUGAGUUCUUCCGCAUUCGUCGGAAAUAAGUAGUGGGAAAAGAAGCGAGGUCGUUCGAAGUUGUUCAAAGCACACGGCUGUGUUGGCAGAGAGGAGGUCCUUCCGAGAGGUCUGCGCCUCGAUAUGGGGCUCGGCGUGUGCGGUCAGUGCCGUGGUCAACCAAAACGUGUCGUUCGUUCGAUGAAGAAAUGUUGGUUUCUUUGUGCGCGUUAAACAAAUUUGUUCAAUAACAUGAGGCACUUAUUUACAGACCCAUUUAGGUGCUUUAACGAUCGAUUUUUUAUCAGCUAAUAACAAUGAGCAAUGCACGGACGGUUUGCUUUAUUGUAAACUGAAGGACCGCAAGAGUUGCAGAGUGGAUAUUAUUGAAAGUUUCGUGGAAAUCCGGUUCGAGAUAGACACUUUUGGCCUAGGACAGCCCUUUUUUAAGAAACUACUUCGUACUUAUUUUUCAACAUAAAUAAAAAUGACUGUGAAUAGUACGACGAGUGGUCACCCUACAACUGGGGAUGGUUCCGUUACAAGAAGAGGCCACAGGAGGCAAGAAUCAAUGUAUGCAAUGACCGGUUUAUAUUCGGAGGGGGUUCCCGAAGAAGAAACAACAGCGGAAACGGAAACGGAACCAACUAAACCACCCCUGCCACCGACAAAUUAUUGCCAUGACACCGUCGUGAAGUGUCAUAGCAGGAAUCCUUCAACUGGAUUUGACAGAGAUAAAGCGACACGUAGUGCUUUAUAUAUCGAAACGCCAGCUGUGAUAAUAAAGGAUGCAAAAGAAUGUGGAAUACUCAAGUGCCGACCAAGUUUCAUACAAAAAUAUGCCGGUAUAAAGUGUUUUGUUUUACUGUUAUCGUUCCUGGUAACCCUUCAACAAGCCUUGAGUUCGGGUUACAUAAACUCUGUGAUAACGACGAUAGAAAAACGAUUCGACAUCCCUUCGAGUCUAUCCGGUUCGAUCGCGUCGUCUUACGAAAUCGGGAAUGUGAUAACGGUGAUUUUCGUCAGCUAUUUGGGCAGUCGAAGACACAUUCCUGUUUGGAUCGGAGUUGGAGCGGUGAUUAUGGGAAUCGGUUCGCUAAUUUUUACGAUACCGCACUUUAUUUCCGAAGAGCACGGGAGCGGUGCAAAUGCUAAUGCAACCGCUGAAAAUAUGUGCCGGGUAGUUUCGGUUAGAGAACAAGACAUGGGAUUAGGACGAUUAUCGUCGGGCUUAUCGUCGCCUAAUUUAGGACCACACAACAAUUUGCGAGGAGAUAAUUGUAUAAAAGGGACCCCAUCAACUACAAUUCCAGUGCUUCUUUUCGUUUUAGCACAGUUAUUAUUGGGUUGUGGUGGGUCGCCUUUGUUUACUUUAGGAACGACAUACGUUGAUGAUCACGUUAAAUCAGAUAGUUCGUCAAUGUAUAUUGGUUGUAUGUACAGUAUGGCUGCAUUUGGACCUGUGUUAGGAUUCUUAUUGGGGGCUUAUUUAUUAUCGUUUCAUGUAGAUUCAUUUUCAAAUUUAAUUGAUAUAGGUCCUGGUGAUCGCCGUUGGGUGGGAAUGUGGUGGGGUGGAUUUCUUUUAAGCGGGGUCCUUCUGCUUUUAGUUUCCAUACCAUUUUUUUCUUUCCCGAAAGUGUUGUCAGUUGAAAAGGAACGCAAACGACUUACAGAAAAAACUGCCACUGUAACUAGCACUAAUUCUAUUGUACCUACACAAAAACCAUCUGGUAAUACUACUAAUGAUUCUGGAUAUGGAAAGGAUAUUAAAGAUAUUCCCCGUUCAAUGUGGCGUUUAGCUUGCAACCCCGUUUAUAUUGUAACGUGUCUUGGAGCCUGCAUGGAACUCGUUAUUGUAUCCGGAUUUGUUGUAUUCUUACCAAAGUACUUAGAAACACAAUUCAGAUUAGGUAAAAGUCAAGCUAGCGUUUUCACAGGUUCAAUAGCUAUUCCAGGGGCUUGUAUAGGAAUAUUUAUGGGCGGUUGGAUCUUACAAAAAAUGGAGCUCCGCCCGAAAGGUGCGGUGCAAUUCGUUUUGAUCUCAAACACGAUGUGCCUGCUUUGUUACGCGUUACUCUUCUUCCUUGGUUGUGACAAUCUAAAAAUGGCCGGCACAACCAUUCCGUAUUUUAAUAGCACGCUCGCCGAACCGUUCGAAGUCAAUCUAACGUCAUCAUGCAAUUUUGGUUGCGAAUGCACGACGAAUGACGUCGAACCGGUUUGUGGUAACAAUGGCUUAACGUACUUUAGCCCGUGUCACGCGGGCUGCACGUCGAUACUUAGAUCUAAUUAUACCAACUGUGCCUGUAUUCAUGGAAAUAUGAGCUUAAUUGGUGGCACAACUUCCGCUAUGUCAAUAUCAAGAGACGACUACGCUGAAGUUACUGUAGUCCCAGUUGCAACAGCUGGGCCAUGUAAUUCUUCGUGUCACACAAUUUACCCAUUUUUAAUACUUUUAUUCUUUAUGACGUUUAUAGUUGCAAUUACACAAAUGCCACUAUUAAUGAUAGUACUUAGAUCUGUAAGUGAAGAAGAACGUUCAUUCGCAUUAGGAAUGCAAUUUGUUAUAUUUCGUCUCUUUGGAUAUAUCCCAGCGCCGAUUUUAUUCGGGAAUUUAAUAGAUUCAACGUGCCUCCUUUGGAAAAGUUCAUGUGAUGAAAAAGCCGGGCGCUGUUUACUUUACGAUAUCGAACAAUUCCGAUAUCGUUAUGUGGGUCUUUGUGGUGGCAUUAAAAUCCUGGCCCUUGGUAUUUUCACUUUGGAUUGGUGGUUAGUUCGUCGUCGUAAACGGCUCGAUGAAACCGCUGUAAUAACAGUUAAUGAAGUCGUCGGUUCAAUUAUAAGUUUGGAUAAACUGUUUGAACAAAAAAAUUCACACAGACGUCACCGUCGAAAUUUAAGUUCAGUAUCGACGUAUUCAUGUCCACCGAUUCCAAAUCCGUCAACCAUGAAGGCCUUAUACUCAUCUCAACGGACAAUUUCUAGUCACGACUCGAAACAGAAUAAAGUUGAUUUGAGUCUGUCGCUGAGGAGAGAAAUAAAACCGAUCGUCGACGUCGAAAAAAAAUUAGAUGAAGAAGAGAAAAAAGUUGAUCUAGAAUCUGCAAACACCGCCGCGGAAUAGUUUCUAAUGAAUAAAAAUAAAAGAAGGGUAAAA